ACCAUUUUUUGCAUGCUUUCCCUCAAGAACCACCACCCAGCCUAGGAUUAGCAUGAGGUCGACAAGGCUGGCACUUCGGUGUCUGGGUUAGAAAAUGUUUUGAAGCAGCCGAUACACUCCCGGUGCAGAAACGAGAAUCCCUGGGAGCUUUCGUAUUCAAAAAUGUGCGAGCUCCGAGCAGGCAACGGCGAUGUAAUUUAGGGCAAUGCAUGCUUCAUAGCUUUGGAGAAUAUUGCUUCCUGUAAAUGUUACUUCGGCGGAGGGGAGUGAUUUGAGAAAAGAUGGCAUUCUUGUUGUACACUGGGAAAACUUCAGAAUAAAUAACAGGAGGCACCGGUGGGAGCCGGGAGCAGGAAGGAGGCGAAGGGCAGAAAAGUACAGGCAGAUCUGACGGCUGAAGAGCACCGGAUGGGCUGCAGGUGAUGGGAAGAAGCACCACGGGUGGGCAAAGGCAAAGAAAGUGGAAGGGAAGAGAAAGGACCACGGAAGAUUAAUGGAGAACUGGGAUGAAACAGAACUGGGGGUUACUGCCUGUGAAAGUGACCUGGAUCAGAAAUAAUCUAUCUGUCAGUCUCUCGCUGAGGCAACCACCUCUCUCAUUUUUGGUGACAGGAUGAAGCCUUGUUAGGUGGGAAUAUACUGAGAAUAAUCUUAUCCCUAACGCUGGGAUGCACGUUUGGUUCUGAUUCUCAGGAUGUCUUCCAAGCAACCAGCUUCUCCGUAUGGGGAAGCAGAUGGAGAGGUAGCCAUGGUGACAGGCAGACAGAAAGUGGAAGAGGAAGAGAGUGGCGGCCUCGCAGCCUUUCACCUUCCUUUGCAUGUGAGUUUUCCCAACAAGCCCUAUUUUGAGGAGUUUCAGCCAGUUUCUCUGCCGACGCGAGAGCCUUGCGGCCUUAGGACUCCUACCUCCCAGCCAUACACGAUGGAAGUUGAUGGCAAUAAAGUGAUGUCUUCAUUUGCCCCACACAACUCAUCUACCUCCCCCUCGAAGGCCGACGAAGGUGGGCGCCAGAGUGGAGAAUCUUUUUCCAGCACGGUGCUGGGAACUCCUGAACGGCGUAAAGGAAGCCUAGCAGAUGUGGUAGACACUCUCAAACAGAGGAAGAUGGAAGAGAUGAUCAAAAAUGAACCUGAAGAAACUUCAUAUCCGUUUCCUCUAAGAACUAUAAAAUGCUUCCCCUUAAGGAGAGCCAACAUGUUGAAAUGGUAGAAUGGAGCUGGAUAUUAUUUUGAUGUGUGGAACUGCAUUUAACAUUGGGUGAUAGGAGCCAGGCUGGAGAUGCAGAGUGGAUGAAUCUAGUCUCCUAUAGGAUUGGGUGAUGAUUUUUCCCCAGUUUGGGGAAGUGGAAAUAGUUUUGUUGUUGUAUGUAUAUUUUUUUAACUCAAUUAAGAAUAUUUUCAGAAUCCUGGACUGUGCUGAGAUGGACAAAUUAACAAAAGAGAUAAAAGAAAAAGAAGACACAGAGUAUUAUAUAGUAUGGAAUAAGUUGUAUGUCUGGUUGGAGACU